AUGAAUGAUCAGAACAACUUUCAACAACAACAACACAAUGGCAUGAUGAUGCAGAUGAUGCCGCCUGACCAACAGCAGCAACAGCAACAGCAACAGCAGCAGCCACAUGGACCAUCGGUCAAACUGUCAUUGUUGAUUCAUCGUCUGGUUGAGCAAUCAUAUAACAGUCUCAUUGAACUGAGUACCACACUACAGAAGCAAUCAGACAUGGAGCGCAAGAGGCAGCUGGUCGAGUACCUCGAUGCCACCAGAGAGCGAUUCGUCAAGCUUCUCGUCGUCAUGAAGUGGUCGCCACAUGUCAACACUCUAAAGAAGGCUAAUGAGAUGACAGCAUUACUGGAACAGCAUGAGGGAUACUUUAGGGAGACUGCUGACACGCUUAUAAUGACAAAGGAGAGUCUUUUGAAUGCUCGAGCACCAAUAUAUGAUGUACCGACUGCCAUUGAUAUAUUGUCGUCUGGCAACUACAUGAGAAUGCCAACAGACAUCAAGAAGGUGUUGCCACCACCACCACUCACAAGCGCACAGAUCAUCAGUGCGCAAGACAGACUCAACAACAUCAUCAGCUACAAACUAUUUGGAAGCGAUGUACCCAAGGAGUUCAACACCAUCAAUGUCUAUGAUGGCAAAGCACAUAUUAUGGUCACUGGCGAGUAUGAGGUGUUCCUGACGGUUGAUGGAGGCAAUGAAGCGUCCAAUUGGCUAUUGUCAUCGUUCAAGAUAUUUGUUAUUGAUCGACGCGAGAAGGACACACAGCUGAUCAAGGGUGCAUAUGACACUCGCAUGGCACACAUCUCUGAAUGCAUACAGAACAGGUUGUUCCUAUCACAGCGGCCUUUACACGACAUGCAUGAUAUCAUUCAAUACUUGAACAUCAAUGCCAAGAUGGACACGCUUGUGGCGCAGAUCGAGGCACUAAAGAAGAACUCCCAGCGAGGGAAUCUGCGAUGUAACUACAAUGCCAAGGACAACAUCAUCACCAUAUUCUACUGGAUUCCAGAUGACAUGGUCGUACAGCAGUCUAGUCUCGAUGACAAGAAGAACAUCAACACAAAGAUAUUUAUCUCAGACAAUAAGCUAUCGAUCAGCCAUGUGCCGCCUGUCAGUCAUCCAACCAACAGUACCUUCUUGGAGAAUUUCACAACACUCAGCCUCGAGUCUGCAUUACUUCGUGCGAUCAGUCUACAUUCCUACCAGAGACUGCAUCAGUUGUAUGUUUUGCUGGUAGGGUCGUCAACUGCAUCAUCAUCAUCAUGUAGCGAGCGAACAGAUGUUAGACUGGUGGCAAAGCAAAAACAACAAAGACAACAUCAACUACAACAUGUUGAUGGAGAUAUUACCAAACACGAGGCAGAGGAGGAGACAACAGAUUCAGUACCAAGCCUUCUGACCAUCCAACUGUUUGGCAUCAAUGUAUUGGACAUCUCCAUCAAUGCUCAAAGUGGGAGAUACAUUCUACUCAGCAACCUUAAGCGACAAAACAUACUUCCAGGACUCGAGAACAAGAUAAACAAUGAUGCCAAUGAGAUACAAUCAAUCGUCAACAUACUUAAGCUAAAGUCACUUUUGGAAUACUUCCAAGAGUCAGCAUUGUUCUUAAAGUUGGAGAGCUUCUUUAAGAUACCGCUGGCUUGUGAUUUGUUCAUCGCGCAACAGGAGCCAAACUAUGUGUGCAUCAGGUUCCCAAAGGACCGCGACAUAUUCUACUUGGUCAUCACUGUACAUACUCAGACGUUCGUCCCCACCUUCCAUCUUAUUUAUUCGCGGCCGACCCCGCAAUCAUCGAUCAUGCAGCUGGACUCGAUCAUCAAGCUGGAGAACGAAGAGCUCAGCUCAAUGCAGUCGCAGUUUGAGCGCGGCGAGCUCCGCUUCAACGCGCCCCUCUUCCAUUCAUUCAUUCUUGGCCUUCUGGCCAAGCUGGUGCUGCUCUCCAAGAAGCGCAUCAACGUGCAAUCUGCGAUCCAGUACCUCAACUCGCGUCAGAUUCCCCAUCACUACGACAGCAUUGCCGACGAGAGCAUCACCUUCCUCGCGCUGCCCCAGCACUCUACGCUUCAAACGCGCCAGAUGGCCAUCACCUUCCCCGACGACUCUCACUGCAGCAUCAGCUUUCACGAGCUCAAUCCUCAGCAACAUUAUAACUACUCGACAGCGCCACAACAACAACAACUAUUACAAUCACACAACAACCACAACACCUACCCUGUGGUGUACACGGCCGAUGGACAAUGGACGUUCACGUACAACACAUGCACGGACUGGCUGACGCAGUUCCAGUAUGAUGUGGCCGCGGUCAACAGGAUGAUGGACAUCUCCACGCAGAUCGUGCACCAGCUGCAUGCGUCCGAGUUUGCCAGCCCCUUCAACAUCAUCCACGUGCAGCCACUUGAGGUAGAGGUCGCUUACAACUCCAAGAACGACAUUGCCUCGAUGUCCACGCUGCGGCUGUUCCACAAUCGCGGCGGGCCAGCUGGCCGCGUCUGUCUCGACUUCCAGCCGUUCCGCAACCCCCUACUGGCGAUGUUUGAGAACGAGCUGAAUGAAACGCUGUCUGUGGAGGGCCUGCUGCGCAACGUGGCCUUCGCCAACGACAUUGUCUACUACAUUCACUCGAUUAUCACCUCUAAUAAUCACUAUGUGCAGCCGCUUGAGCUGAUGGUGGUGCCGCGCUCGCCCACACAGCUCCGCCUGCACUACAAGAACACAUUUGGCAUCGACAUCAAGAUGAUGUCGCCCGACAAUCGAUCUCGUCCACAACCAAUUCCCAACUUCCCCCAGUUCAUGGAGUACAAGCUCAGCGCCAUGGCGCUCAACAAUCUCAAUGGACAACGAUCAUCAUGGCUCAUGUCCACCAAACAACUUCAAGCGCCCCUCGAGAAGAUCAUCCUCUAUCUCAACAGUGCCUACGUUGUCAAGCAUUUCCAGACUCGUCUAAGGACAGAGAGCUCAUCAUUUAGGAUCAUCACAGACCAGCUUACAUUCCAUAUCUUUGUUAGAGACUACGUCUACUUUGAGUUGGAUGUAUCAAACAAGACUGACCAGACACCAUCAUUGUCAAAGAAUGAGAUGGACUUGCUGUCUGCAUACUUUAAGAAGAGAGUUAAUACGUUCUCGUCGAGGAUACAGACAAUCAGUUCAUUCUUGGAGAUAUUCAGUGUGCCGCCAUUCAUUAUCUCGGAGCUGUUGCGACUGCUACGCGGUCCUCCCGCCUCAACCGCACCCAAUAUGCCCAAGUACCAGAUGGACAUCAUACCGACCAACACCAAGGUCAAGGAUCCAGUGAUACAUAGUCGCGAAAAACAAUGUCUCCAGUUGAUCGUGCGCUAUUACAUCAAGACCAGUGAGCUGUCGCCCAAGAUCACCAGCGACCUGCUGGUGGACCUGCCCGUACUCUACUAUUACAAGUUGAAUACGGUAAGAUAUUGGAACCUGAACGACCGUGCCAACCCAGAGUCAGCCAAUGGCAUGACGUCAAGCGACCAAUCCAAUCAGUUUGUGGUGGACAUGGUUCGAUCAGAGAUGGACACACAGCAGCAACAGCAACAGAUACAACCCAACGCUGCUUCUGACAAGCAGGGUGGCAACGUUCUAUUCACAUUUGCAACCAACGUUGUCAAGCACCUCGAGAAGCUCAAGGGCAUCCACAUCCCCGUCGUGCCCAAGUCCUAG